AUUAAGAAAUCGUUAUAUUAUAUUGAUGUGGAAAUUAAAAAUAUUUUUAUAGAAAAAAUAACAUGUUUUUAGGCUUUUGUAUCAUUUUAGGAAGAUUUGCAUUCAGUUUCGAUCAUCAGCUUCUCGCUUGUCUUCAGGCUGAAGCUAUCAUCGCAAUACUAAAAUUGUGACAUAAGGCUCCUUUGUUUCGCGCAAAUUGGGGAGUUCUUACUCCUCGAAAGAUUCUUGCAAAAUUUCAGAAAUCCUUACCUCAUAACCGGAAUAAAAAUUUCUCUCGGUUGUCAUCGAUAUGCAAGGACGCACGCGAUUUUCAUGAUUGGUCGCGAUAGCGAGCAAGAACAAGAUUGAAUCCAAAAGGAGCGAAAUGAGCGCGAAGCGGCGAAGGGUGUCGUCGCGAUGCAGACAAAAUGCACGAGGACACAAGGGUGCGAGUACAUACACGUUGGACGCCUUACCGCCGGAAAUCCUCAGCAUCAUCCUGAAGAUGCUGCCGUUGCACGAUGUUGCCUGCGUCGUUCGUCUGGUCUCCAGACGUUGCUCUGACAUUGCUGCCACGGUACUGAACAGCGAAUUUCUCCUGGCUGGCACUAGGCUAGAGAUUGCAAUAAAGCGCACGGAAGACCUUAUGAGCAGUGUAAAGACUGACAUGGAGUUACUGGAGUGCAACAAAAUUUUCAACGCGCUGGAAAUCAUUCGAGCCCAAUAUCGGAUGUUGAAGGCGGUCACUUGGCGCUACACGCAUCCCAGGUCGCGCGGCUUACCCGUCUCGUGCUUCUAUGGCGGUAGAAUACUUGAUAAUCUCAAUUAUCUAUUAUACACGGUCUUCAACUUUCCUUGCCAAGGAUCGUGCGUCUUCAAUUACAUCGAUCUGCAGAUCUUCGCGCGCACUUGCGAGAACUUUAUGGAUCACUUUGAAAAGGUCACCGAGCGCAGAAUAAAUAGAUCCGCGCUGAUCUCAGGAUGCAAGCUCGUCGAUGUGCUGGACUGUCUCGAGGAGGGUCGGCAAGUAUUGUCAUUCAGGAUCUCGUCGAGAACAGAAAACCCCAUGGUCAGCAUGCAUCUCAGAUAUGUCCUGAGACACGCCUGGUUCACGUGUUUGCGAGUGCCUAAUGCAAGCAACGAGUAUUGUUGGCGGGACAAACAGCGAUAUAUGUAUCUAAGAUUACGCCGGCUGGUCAACAGCUACAACAAACAUUUAUUUCACAAGCUGCAUUAUGAGCGCAAACUCAUCCUUCGAGCGACGACACCGCAGUUGAUAUCCCGCGGACGACCGUUGGCCUCCACAUAUUCGGGAUACGGGGAAUACGGAGGACAGUUUUUCUACUAUGGGAACAUGAGCAAAUAUGCUUAUGAGAAUCGAUUCAGGCAUGCAAGAGCCAGUAACGCGGAAAACACCGGCAGAGAAUUGGAAGAGGAGACCAAUAGAUCGCCUUCCUUCGACUUGAUCAUCGGAGUUCAAUUAAGAUGUUCGCCAGAAUUGGCGCCGCUGACGGCAAAAAUGAACCUGAAGACUGACAGUUUGGAAGGCUCCAAUACCAACUCGCCACAGGAAUUGUACCUGAAACUGAGUACAAAAUGCGCGGUAUCCAAGACCAAUAGAUUGCCAGAUACCUGUAUCUGGGAGGUGCAGGGGUGCUCCCGAAAAAACCGUUUGCGAUAUCGUUAAAUUAUAUAUACAUUCUUAUAUUUUAUGUACAAUAAUAUUUAGCGAUUAGAUCGAUUUUUAUCGUUGUGUAUAACCAAAAAAACUUAUAAAAUAAAAUGGUCCAUACAUUUUACUCAAUGCUCAAUUUUUCAAAUUCCUUUUUCAUGAUUUAUUAUAGA